UCAGUGACUGAGGCCAUGUGUCCUGUGAAGCUGAACCGCUGGGGGACUCCAGAGGUGAACACAGACACCAUGCAGACCAGUGAGCCCUGGGUGUUUGCAGGGGGAGACAUCGCCGGUUUGGCAAACACCUCGGUGGAAUCAGUGAACGACGGCAAGCAGGCGUCCUGGCAUAUUCACAGAUACAUUCAGUCCCAGCAUGGACAGAUAGUGGACCCGGUUCCUAAGCUGCCGUUGUUCUACAGCGCCAUAGAUCAGGUCGACAUCAGCGUCGAGGUUUGUGGGAUAAGGUUUCCAAACCCGUUCGGCCUGGCGUCUGCUCCUCCCACGACCAGCACGGCCAUGAUCAGGAGAGCCUUUGAACAAGGCUGGGGCUUCGCUCUGACCAAGACUUUUGGACUCAACAAGGACCUGGUGACCAACGUGUCUCCUCGUAUUGUGCGUGGAACCACCUCAGGUAACUUGUACGGACCUGGUCAAGGCUCCUUCCUCAACAUUGAGCUCAUCAGUGAGAAGACAGCGGCCUACUGGUGUCAGUCCGUCACAGAGCUGAAGAGGGACUUCCCUGAUAAUGUGGUGAUCUCCAGUAUAAUGUGCAGCUACAACAAGGAAGACUGGACAGAGCUCGCCAAGAUGGCAGAAGAAUCAGGAGCAGACGCACUGGAGCUGAACCUGUCCUGUCCUCAUGGGAUGGGAGAGAGAGGCAUGGGACUGGCCUGUGGACAGGACCCGGUGUUGGUGCGUAACAUCUGCCGCUGGGUGCGUGCCGCCAUUUCCAUCCCGUUCUUCGCCAAGCUGACUCCAAACGUCACCAACAUUGUCGACAUCGCCAAGGCUGCUCAUGAAGGGGGAGCAGAUGGAGUAACGGCCACCAACACAGUCUCAGGUAUGAUGGGACUGAAGGCUGACGGCUCCCCCUGGCCAAGUGUGGGGAAGGGCAAACGCACCACGUAUGGAGGAGUGUCUGGUAACGCCAUCAGACCGAUUGCUCUGAGAGCAGUAUCCGCCAUCGGCAGAGCCAUCCCUGAUUUCCCGAUCCUGGCCACAGGAGGAAUAGACUCUGCUGAGACUGGACUACAGUUUCUUCAUGCCGGAGCCUCAGUAUUACAGGUGUGCAGUGCCGUACAGAAUCAGGACUUCACAGUGAUUGAGGACUACUGUGUGGGUCUGAAGGCCCUGUUGUACCUGAAGAGUCUGGAGAUACAGGGCUGGGAUGGUCAAUCUCCUCCAACAGCGAAACAUCAGAAGGGAAAACCUGUCCCCAGAAUUGAAGAACUUGUGGGAAAGAGCCUCCCUAGUUUUGGUCCAUACCUCCUGGAGAGGACGGAGGCCGUUGCGUCGUACAAGAAACAGCUCAGAGAUUCUGGUAAAACCGAUGAUGUCGAAACGUCCAUCACUCGGGUCGGCACUCCCAAAAAACCUGUCCCUGCCGUCAAGGACGUCAUUGCCAGAGCACUGCGCUACAUUGGAGCGUACCAGGAACUUAACAAUAUGGAGCAGGUCCAAGCUCUGAUAGAUGAAGAGAUGUGUAUUAACUGUGGUAAAUGUUACAUGACCUGCAAUGACUCUGGAUACCAGGCCAUAGAGUUCAACUCAGAAACCCACCUCCCCAUGGUGAACGACAGCUGUACGGGCUGCACCCUGUGCCUCAGUGUCUGUCCCAUCAUAGACUGCAUUAAAAUGGUCACAAGAAAUACUCCUUAUAAACCAAAGAGAGGGGUGCCAGUUAGUCCUGUCUACUAAAGGAAGAUGAAACCUUGUAAUUAACAUAUAUUUGAUAUAGAAGAAAUUGAAGAUCAGACGUUUGAUUUGAUUUUAUAAGAAAUGUAUCUGCUUCAUUACUUUCUUUACCUGCAUUACUGAAAUCUUACACAGAAUGUCUCUCUGCAUUCAUGCAAAUCAUAUUGAUAGUGUAAAAUAUUUAAAGGAGAUUGAAUAGGACAACCAGCAUGUUAAUCUACUUUGCAGAGAAGGAGGAGAAAAGUUGAUUUUGUUUGCAAUUUCCAUCUACAAUCAGGGUCACCAACUGUCCCGUGUUAGCCGGGACAUCCUGUAUAUUGGGCUAAAUUGGUUUGUUUCAUAUGGGACCUCAAUUGUCCCGUAUAUUGACUAUUAACUCUUGUAAAUACAGCAGACUGCACUCUACAGAUCAGAUAAAACGGCAGUGGGAGAUCAUGUGCCAAUCACACCGCUUGUCAUCCAAUCACAGGCCCCCUCAUGUGCAUCAGUUGUAUCCAAAUGCACCAAGUCCUGCAAAAAAAGUGUGGAGAGGAUUUUCUCUGUGAUGGCCAUUAAAUGGUCAGACUCAUGAAACAGAUGCAGCACAGACAAACUGUGACUUGUCAUGUAAGGACUUCUCUCUGGCUGUGCUUGAGGACAAAAGACUGCCUGAGUCAGUCAAGAGCAGCAAAAAGUAUCCAUGAAAAAAGUAUAUUUGUUGAGUCAUACUCCUCUUUUGCAUUUAAUUUUUUCUUUUGCCUGUUUUUUUUUUAUGUAAAGAGAUAAAUUGUGGUUUCUUUGAGGUUUAUUCAUUUGAGGUUACAUAAUGAUACAGUAAGGAUUAAAGGGAAUAUACACACUUUCUGCAUUUCAAGUGGAAUCAGAAUAUGAAUAUACGCUGAUCAUGCUCACACCACCAUGGCAUCGUGCACCUGUUCCUUAUUUAGUAGUGAGAAAGUUGGCAACCUCAUCCACAAUAGCUAUUCUGUGACUCUCCCAAGGACACACAUGUAGACUGCAGAAGCCUGGGAUGAGACACAGCAGCACUUGUAUACCACUGGAACAAUUUGACACCAACUUUCUGAAGUCAAGGUUGAAAAUGAUAUGAUAGAAAUAAAUGCGCUUCUGAUUUUAUUUAAAUCUGGCUUACGAAAUUGUGGAAUUUACCUUGUUGUCACCCCAGUAUUAACGCUUUGUUUAAUGUGAUACAUACACAUGUUUGUAAAUGAAAUGUUCAUGUAAUGUUUUGAUGUAAGAGGAAAUGUGUUUGAUUGAUCUAUGAUUCAAAUAAACUUUGAUAUUCUG